GUGCCUUCAGUUCCAAUUACUAAUGUAAUUAUACUACCUCUUCCCCAUCCAUAGUGCAUAUUCUCAGAGUCAGACUUCCUUAGCAGAUACUCUGCUGUCCCUUCUGCUGGUAGUCAGAGGAGCUGGGGGGACUCAGCUUUGUUUAGAACAUCUUAUGAGAAGGAGCUCAAGGCCUCAGCUCUUGUGUAGGUCAUGUAAUACUCAAGGUCUGUAAGGUUCUCUUCGCAGAGGUAUUACUUGAAGCUGGAAGGACAAGAGGACUUUCUUCUUGCUUGCACUUACUCGUUAGCUGUCUUUGGUAUUUUGGAAACCUCUGCCAGCGAAGAGUUAAGGCUGCAAAAUGCAUCCAGCUUUGCAGGUGCUUCUUUUUGUGCAGCAAUCCCAAGUAUAAGAACUUGGCUUAGGUCUUGGGUUUGCCCAUUUCUGGAAGAGCUCAUUGCUGCCUGGGGUUCUAACAGCUGGCACUGUGGAGGAACAGGCUGCCUAGGGGCUGGUGAGAACCUGGCAGAGUGCUUGACCUUUCGACUUGAUGUGAAGUUGGCCUCUGUUUGCAUUUUACCUUCAGAAUGAACUCGAGGAAAAUUGGCGACAGAGAGAUAUAUGGGACGCAUAGGCAAUUAAAGACUAGAAAAGACUGUGUGCUUUAAGUCCUGAGAAUUGCAAAGGAAGAGUUGGAUCAAGCAGCCUGAAGAUCAUGGAGGGAGACUGUCUCAGCUGCAUGAAGUACCUGAUGUUUCUCUUCAAUUUUUUUAUAUUUCUGGGAGGAGCAUGCCUGCUAGGAGUUGGGAUCUGGGUCAUCGUGGAUCCAACAGGUUUUCGAGAGAUCGUGGCUGCCAACCCUCUGCUCUUCACAGGAGCAUACAUCAUGCUGGCUAUGGGAGCAAUGCUCUUUCUGCUGGGUUUCCUUGGCUGCUGUGGUGCCAUCCGUGAGAACAAAUGCCUCCUACUUUUCUUCUUCAUGUUCAUUUUGUUAAUCUUCCUGGCGGAGCUUUCAGCUGCAAUCCUGGCUUUUAUCUUCAGAGAAAAUCUGACAAGGGAGUUUUUCACCAAGGAGCUGAAGAAGCAUUAUGUGAGGAACAAUGACACAGAUGUCUUCUCCUCCACUUGGAAUUCUGUUAUGAUCACAUUUGCCUGCUGUGGAGUGAAUGGACCAGAAGAUUUUGAAGCUGUCCCUCUACUUCCACACUUGCCUUUGGAAGAGACCACACCAGAGGCUUGUUGCCAGCGAAAGCUGCAGAGCCGGGAAGGGAUGUUUGUUAACAGGGAAGCCUGCCUCCUAGGCAUUGAGAGAUUUCAGAACCGGCAGGGCUGCUACACUGUGAUCCUGAACUCCUUUGAGACCUACGUGUACCUUGCAGGAGCCCUGGCCAUCGGAGUGCUGGCCAUUGAGCUGUUCGCCAUGAUUUUUGCCAUGUGUCUUUUCCGAGGGAUCCAGUAAGAGGCACCCCAUGAACCGCCACGUUCCUAAUAUGCUCAGAAGAAAGAAGGAAAAUCAGAUGAAACACAACCUGAAAACACACAAAAAACUUUAUUUUUUUUAUCAAAAUGGGGUAGGGGGGAAAAAUGGAGGGGGGAAAAAAAAGAGGGUUGUAAUAUAUGAAUGACCAAAAGGAUUGUACUUCAGGGGCUGGAACUUUGAGGUGAUGUGCACUACACUGUACACCGGACCCUUGCCCAGAGCUACCCGCAGCAGCUGUGGAGCAGGAGGCCAGUGCAGCCGCUUACACUAUGGACAGAUGGAGCCUGUGGGGAGGAGUGAGAGGACAAGCACAACUUCCCCUCCCACCUGUCAGUGUGAAGCUGUGCCUGCCAUCCACAGCUUCAUCACAUUUUAGACAGCAAAGGACCGAAGAACAGCAACCCAGGGUCUGGGUCAGGCAGCAAAGUUGGCCGAAGUCUGGGAUUGCCCACGUGUGUUUCCAAGAAGUGGUGCUGGCAGCUCAUCCAAGAAGCAGGCAGUUGUUUCUUGUGUGAUUCUGGCUUUAACUCCUAGCCACAGAGUGAAAAAAAUACAUUCUUCCAUGUGUGUAAGCUUUGCCCCUAUCGCCUGAAACUUGUCAGAGGAGUCAAAUACUUCAGGGAGUCUGGCUUUUCUCUGGAGCCCUAAACAGGGGCAGAGUGAUCUCACUUAAACAUGGGACUCAUCCAGGGCUGGCUGAUGGUCAAGAGUUUGGAGCCUGCCUUUCUGAUUUUUUCCUUUUUUGUUCAGUGUUACUGGGAAGAAAAAAGAGAGAGCAAGUUGUUCCCUGCUGUGUUCCCAUUCCCUGGGAAAAAUAAUGGCCCUGAUCAAGAAUAGCUGAUUCUGCUGCCUUCCUGAAAGGGGAGGUAAUAGUGUUUAAUAUUUGUCAGCCUUUCACUUCAUGCUUGCAAAAACCACUCUGUGGUGCUGUUAUCAACAUGUGAGGGCUGCUCUGAAAGUAAAGCCUCCUAUUGUAUUAUAUUUGCCCACAAGUCAGAGGUGGAUGUUGGUGGCAUGACAGUAAAGGUUGAACCUUCGCACCAGAAUUUCGUUACUUGUCACUGCUCUACAACAGAUGGCAGGAGAAGGGGCAGUUUGACAGAAUGCUGUCAGACAUAUAAGUGCAUAUGAAGCAAAGAUGUGUCUUAGGAUUCAUCCUUGUGGAAAACAUGGCACUCAUUGACAUUCAUUGAUACUUGCUGAAUAUUUAUGGAGACCAAACAGUGGAUGUGAGCACAGUGAGGCAGUGGGUGAUUUCAGCAGUGGCAACAGUGGGUCACCUCCACUGGUGCAGAUUUUUAUGAGUGUGGCAUGCAGGCUCUUGUUCAUCACUAGUGAAAAUACACAGCUAAUGGUAAUGAUUACGAUGAUAAGUAGUGAUCUGUAGCUGAGAAUUUGCUCUAUCGAAUUGUGUUAUUGUGCUCUUUGUUGUAGUUUCCAUGGAAAUAAAUAGGAGGCAUUACUUUUGGAGCAACCUAUGUAUAUUUGCAGUGGAUUUAUACAAGCUUUACUGCUCCAGCAGGAGUUCCAAGCAUGGUACUGGAUGGAAGAGCCUGAGGUUCAUCAGCCAGUCCCAUGCCAUCUACCUUACGCUGUCUCGUGGUGUCAUUUCUGCUUGGGGGAUUUCCCCUGAGGCUUUCCCAUGGGCUCAUAACAAAAGCAUCAGGUCAGGAUUGUUCUGGUCUGCCUGUUAGUUGAGAGCAUUUCCUCCCUUGAGAUGGUUUGACGUUUUGCUGAUUAUUAUCUACUUAAUCAUUUGGAAAUUAACUUGAGAAAUAUGCCCGGGACUGAACGUUGGUCAGAGAUAUUAAGGUGGAGCUGAGGCCCCAGGCAGGAUCUGGGAGCAUUCAGUGUGCAGCCAGACUGCUCCAGCUGCUUCUCCAGUGUUCGUGGUCAUCGACAAAAACAGGUCACUGGCUUCUCUCCUCUAGAAGCCUCAGCCCCUGUUGGCUUUGUGACUCCUCUGGUUGCUCCCUGACUCCAAACUCGCUUUGCCUGGGGGAAGGAUGGAAGGGGCUGUGUUUUUCUGUUUAGCUUACAGUUUUGUAUAGUCUUAGAUUAAGGAGCACUUUUAUAUAGGGUUAAACCAGCCCAUCCAAAAGCUGUAGCCACUGCCAAGGAAGGAAAGAGAGAAGAAGGCAGCAGUGAGGAGCCAAGCAGCAGCCUCCUGCCCUGGCUUGGGAGCAGCACAUAUGCUUUGGACAUUCCUUACACUGGGGGUCUGUGUCCACCAUGCAGAUGCAAGUGAACAGAUGUGCAGGCUGCAAAGCAGAAAGGAAAGCAGAAGAAAGAGUGGUCCAUAAUAAACAAAGAUCCUGGCUGGAGAACUGGGAUACUAAGGAAUGGGAAAGAGGCCAUACAGCUUUUCCAGGCUUCAUUUGAGAAAAGCAGGAGAGGGCUGGGGUAGGUAGAGCAGCAGCCCACCUGCACUGCAUCAGCAGCAGUGUGAGGCCAGGAUUGCUGAGUGGCCUCAGAUGUUGCAUUAAACUUCAUGAAAAGCUUUUCUGAACUGUUUCCCUCCAGAGCUGUAUUUAAUGAUGCAUUUUAGCAUUAAGUUCUGGCCUGUCAUUUAAUGAAGGAGAACGGCUUUCUAGCCAAAACCAGCGGUAUUUUCACCAAACAGCAGGUGCUGCUCUUAAGAUAAAAGAAGUCUGUUGCAUCCGCUGGUCUUGCAGGAAAUGGGAACAGUGCACCGGCGCAAAGUGCAAACAGAGAGAAUGAAACAUAACUGCUCUACCUCUGCUUCAGGAGCUGGUGUCAGUGGCUGUUCUGAAAGAGCCCCUCACAGGGGAGGAACGACCCCAUCAGCAGAGAUGGCAAUUUGGAUAGAGGUGAGCAAGAGAAGCAGAAAUACUUCAAAAGACUGAGGUAGGAUAGCUGCAGGUGUAUUUCUCUUCUGGCUUUCCCAAUUCUAUACUGUUUUCUUUGGUUUUAGCUGAUAUUCCCUCUCUCCUAUCACUUGUCCCUAUACCUUCAAAAGACCCUUUAUUCUUCUAACGUCCUGGUCUUUGUGCAGUUGUUUCCCCUCUCUUAUCUUCUCCUUCACUGCUCUUUUCUGGAUUAAGACUUCAACUCUCCACAGCUGUGCCACUGGGAGCACAGCUUGACACCACCGCAAAGGCCAGGCAGCACAUUUAAAUGAGAAAUGGAGAUCGUUGUAGAGAUAAGGGCAAGUCUGAGAGUACCGUGGAAGUAGGCAACAGGCAGAAGGAAUUGAUCCCAGGGGCAGCUAAUGAACAGGCGAGCACAAAAGGCAGACUCCUGUUGUAUGGCAAAGCAUGUCAAUUUGUUGUUUUUGUCCAGUGGUAAUGUGGCCACCCCCUCUGUUGUACAGUAGUUUUUCUCUUUUCAGAGCAGUAGGCAGGAGAAGCAGCUGUAUUUUUGUAGGUGUUUUUAGCAGCUCUGGUGAAUCUUGGGGGGGUCAGGGGCUCAGGCUGCAGUCGCUGCUGGCUGCGGAACAGAGGGGGCUGUGGCUGCCUGGCUGCAGUGCAGUGAGCACAGCCCAUGCACCUUGGAGGGAAUAGUGGAGAGCAGCCCCCCAUCCCUGCCCCCCAGCUGUUAUUUAAUGCUCAAAUGACUGUCGCAAAUGCCUGGGAGAAGGGCUGCGUGUGAAAUAAUGAUGUUGGAAAUCUAUUUUAAAAGAAAAAAAAAACCAAACCUGUAAAUGUUCUUUUUAUUAGAUAGUGGAGCUAAUUUAUCCUGUAUUCCCUACUGUAAUGCUUUUUUAUAUUGAAAGGAAUUGUUUUUUGGUAAUAUAAACCAGAACCCAAGGCUGAAGCAUUCUGCACGGUUUUUGUGUGCGUUUCUUAAAAAAAAAAAAAAAAAA